UAGAAAUUUUAGCAGGCCACACUAUACAUUUAAUAGAAAUAACUAAAGAAACCUAAAACGCUAGAAGAAACAAUGUCGAAUUUUGUACGUCAAUCUUAUAAGUUAUUUGUGGGCAAUUUACCCUGGACCAUUGGUCAAAAGGAAUUGCAAACUUAUUUCUCCAAGUUCGGGCAUGUCUCCUCUUCAUCCAUAAUCUAUGAUAAACAGCAGGGCUUUUCGAAGGGUUUCGGUUUUGUAACAUUUAGCAGUAGUGAUGCCUAUAAUAGUGCCUGCAAUCAAAAUGUUCACUUUUUAGAGGGACGUGUACUUAAUGUUAAGGAAGCUAAUAAUCAAUAAGUUUAUAAUUUAUGUAUGUAAAUGAAAUGAAAUAAAUUGAAUUAUUUAAAUUAAAA